CGCCGCUCCUCGCGCUGCCGGAGCCGCCUCAGUGCGGGAGGCGCGGGCGGACCCGCUGGAUCAUGGCUGAGCAGCGGCAGGAUAAGGCGGCGCUGAUAAGCGAGACCCGGCGGCGUUUCGAGGCGGAGUACCUGCCAGAUAAAUCAGAUAAAUAUGAUUCUAGAGAUGUGGAAAGACUUCAGCAAGAUGAUAAAUGGGUUGAAAACUACUUGAUUUGGCGUCAUGAUGUUGUGGAUGAUACUUUAAAGAUGAUUGAUGAAAGCUUUCAGUGGAGGAAAGAAUACACAGUUAAUGACUUGUCAGAAUCUGUCCUUCCGAAAUGGUUAUUUGAAAUUGGUGCUCUCUUUCUGCAUGGAUAUGAUAAAGAGGGUUAUAAGUUAUUUUGGUUCAAAGUGAAGCAUCAUACAAGAGAUCCUAAACAGCAACUUGACAAAAAGAAACUGGUUGCUUUUUGGUUGGAACAUUAUGCCAAGAGAGAUCAUGGGAAGCCCUUGACAGUAGUGUUUGACAUGGCUGAAACUGGAAUCAGUCACAUAGACUUGGAUUUUGUCCGGUUUAUUGUCAACUGUUUUACAGAUUAUUACCCAAACUUCCUCACGAAGAUAGUAAUAUUUGAAAUGCCAUGGAUAAUGAAUGCUGCUUUUAAAAUCGUGAAGGGUUGGCUUGGCCCAGAUGCAAUAAGCAUGUUAAAGUUCACAAAUAAGAAUGAUGUGCAGGAGUACAUCAGUGGAGAGUAUCUGCCACCUCACAUGGGUGGAACUGAUUCUUUCAAAUACAGUUAUCCUCCACUGGUUGAUGAUGAUUUUCAAACUCCUUUAUGUGAAAAUGGUCCCAUUACAAGUGAAGAUGAGCAUGAAAGUAAAGAAGAGAUAGAUGCAGACACCAAGGAGGCUGGGGAGCUGAAUGAAGCACAAAACCUUAAUCAGAAAAAGAUGAAUUCUAUAGAACAAAUUUCCAAAUCAGAGGAAACUGACAAAACAGAGGUCAAACCAAAAAUUGCAAAGAAAGCAUUAACCACUUUUAAAGGACCUUUAUUACAUAUCAGCCCAGCAGAAGAGCUGUAUUUUGGAUCCAAAGAAAUUGGAGAGAAAAAAUGUUUGAUAGUUCUCACAAACGUCACUAAAAAUGUAGUGGCUUUUAAAGUGAGAACAACUGCACCUGAAAAAUAUAGGGUUAAACCCAGUAACAGCAGCUGUGAGCCUGGCACAUCAUUAGAUAUAAUAGUUUCUCUUCAUGGUGGUUUUGCAGCUUCUUUGCAGGAUCGUUUCCUUAUAAUGGCAGCAGAAAUGGACCAGUCUUCUGGAGCAGGUGUGCCAGAACUGACUCAGUUUUGGAAAGAAGUCCCUAGGACCAAAGUGAUGGAACAUAGGCUUAGGUGUCAUGUCAUAGAAAGUAGUAAGCCCUCUUCUUUGUGCAGUAAUUCUAACUUAAUGAAACUGAUCUAUUUUCAGCUAACUCAUUUACUGCAGAUUAACAGAAGACUUGAAGAGCAGAUGAAUCACUGCCUCUGGUUCCAGCAGCUGUCAGUUGUUUUAUCACUGCUAUCAGUUACUGUUGCUGCCUUCUGCUUCUACCUGGCCUAUGCCCAGAGAAGCUAAAAAGAAUUGCUGUGCCCUGGAUGUGCUGCUGCCUAUCACAGUUUGUUGGAGUCAAGAAGAUUGCAGUGCUGCACUUGGAUUCUGUAACAGCCAAAAUGAGGUUUAUGAGCCUACAACAAUGAACAAGGAACAGUUUACUGGGGGAAAAAAAAGAUAGAAGAAAUGAAUGACCAGCAAACAAAAUUACUGAAAUUGUUGUCUAAGUUGACACUUACAAUAGGGCAUGAGGAAGAUGUUAAAGCUAGGACCUGCUUUUCACUGUACAACUCAAUAAAAAUCACUGAACUGGAAGGAGGAAACCAAAUACAACAUUAUUUGAGACUGUUGUGCUUUUUUCCCCUCUAUUCAACUACUUUAAAUAUGAUAUUUCAUUUCUUUUCAUCAUAUUCAUUCUUACAUUUUUAAUCACUCCCAUAGAAAAUGCAAGCAGUCAACUUAGUGUGUUCCAAGGUUAAUCUCUUCAUCCAGGAAAAUUUACAGAAAUUACGUAGUACAGAUGGAUUUUUUAUAUAAUCUGUGUACGUACAUGCACAUAAAGGAAGAUAUUUGUUGUUAGUAACUACUUUGGUAAUUCAGACUCAUUGCUCUCACUGGUUAAAUUCCUUAUUUUUGUGCUUCUUCUAAAUGAAAAAAUUAUUGUAAACAUUUCUUACCAAGUAAUAUACGCACAAGAUAAGACACUCUUCCUAUUCUCUUUUUUUUCUUGAAAAGUAACUUGUAUUCAAAUUACAGGAGUGUGGGAGCUGACUUCUUCACUGUGAUGGCCUAUUAUUGGUUCAUAAAAAGGCUGUUAAAUAGUCAGUGUAAGAAUGUACUCUGAGUUGUGUAAUAUGGUUAAAUUACAUAUGAAAUUAUGAAAAAAGCAAGUUAAAUCAGGAAGAUUAAAUACACUUGAAGACAACAAAAGUAUUAUAUCUGCCAUUUCACAGAAAUUGUUGUGGAAAUGGUGCAUGAAGCUAGAAAGAACUUUGCUAACAAGGAUUCUUUGUACUCAUUGUUGUAAAUAUGUAUAUUAAAAUGAUAAAAACUUAAAAGGAGACUGAUGGUAUCUUUCAUAUAUUUAAAAUUUUCACUCUUUAAGAGAUUAAAAAAUUUAAAAUAAUUAUGUUGCUCAAAUUAAUUUUUGCUACAAAUUGGCUUUGUAACAUAUCUAUUUGUUUUGUCUGCUGACUUCAAUAGAUGAGAAGUAAUUAUUAAGGAAAAAUAAAGGUCAUACUCUGCUUCUGUCUUUUUGCUUACAGUAUGUUGGUGAUGUAGGAUCAUUGCAAAGAAAUAGAAAAGGGCAGUUUAAAAUAAUAAACUAAUAAAAUAAUAACUAAUAAAGACAGCAAUAUGAUGACUAAAAAAAUGCCAUGUAAAAAGUAAGGUUACAGAAAUGUUUGGUGCACAGUCUUCUGUCCUCUCUUAAUUUAUACAAUGGUUUACCACAUCUGCUUUUUUCUUAAUUUUUCACUAAUCUCAUUUCUGCCUAGUUUGUUUCUCAGUAUUUUGUAUUCCUAAUGAUUUGGCAAUUUAUAUUGUUGACUGCUUAUAACGAAGCUGUUGCUUGGGUUAUUUUUAUGUGCAUGCAACUCAAAUGCUUUGCUUCCAACAAAAUGGGUUGUUGUCUUAGUGAGAAAAGUAACAAAGUAAUUUGUAACCUUAAGAUAAUAAUAACCAUGCUAUUAAAAUUCCAAUUCCUUAAUUUGAGUGGAUUGAAUAGCACUUUACUGUAAAAUUACCAGAAAUAUAUUCUUAGAGUCUUUGCCAAUAUGAAUAUUUUAAUGUUUUGGUGCUUUCAUAUAUUUUCAGUAUUUUAUUACUUAUUUUAUUAUUGGUAUUUUCUUUGUAUGAAUCAGAUGAACAUCUUUUCUAUUUUAAUAUGUUUUAGAAAAAUACAGUUAAAAAAAUAAAUAUAAGUAAAUACA